CACGCCAUUACCUGGUCCAAGUGCCCGGGAGGCUCCGCCUGUCGGCUUCGCUCUGCAGCUGCAUCUCUGAUCUGUCCCGCAGACUCAGGCUUUGACACCUCCAUUCUCUGUUCCUAAGCACCAUGAGAGGCCUUUGCUGGCCUGUGUUGCUGUUCCUUCUUCAGCCCUGGGAAACCCAGCUCCAGUCUGCAGGUCCCAGGUGUCACACUGGGCCCCUGGAUCUGGUGUUCGUGAUUGACAGCUCCCGCAGUGUGCGCCCUUUCGAGUUCGAGACCAUGCGGCAGUUCCUCGUGGGCCUUGUCCGCGGCCUGAACGUGGGUCCCAACGCCACGCGCGUUGGUGUUAUCCAGUACUCGAGUCAAGUGCAGAGUGUCUUCCCUCUCGGCGCCUUCUCGCGCAGCGAGGACAUGGAGCGAGCCAUCCGCGACCUGGUGCCUCUGGCGCAAGGCACCAUGACAGGACUGGCAAUCCAGUACGCCAUGAACGUGGCCUUCAGCGUGGCCGAGGGUGCGCGCCCGCAGGAGGAGCGUGUGCCGCGCGUCGCUGUCAUCGUAACGGACGGGCGGCCUCAGGACCGCGUGGCCGAGGUGGCGGCUCAGGCGCGCGCCCGUGGCAUUGAAAUUUACGCGGUGGGGGUGCAGCGCGCGGACGUGGGCUCCUUGCGCGCCAUGGCAUCGCCCCCGCUGGACGAGCACGUCUUCCUCGUAGAGUCCUUCGACCUCAUCCAGGAGUUCGGCCUACAGUUCCAGGGCCGGCUGUGUGGGAAGGACUGGUGUGCUGAAGGGAGACAUGGCUGCCAGCACCAGUGUGUCAACGCCCCGGGCACGUUCCACUGCGCCUGCUACCGGGGCUACAAGCUAGCAGCAGAUAACAAGAGCUGUCUGGCCAUUGAUCUGUGUGCUGAAGGGACCCAUGGAUGUGAGCACCACUGCGUCAAUUCCCCGGGCUCCUAUUUCUGUCGCUGCCAAGUUGGUUUUGUCCUCCAGCAAGACCAGAGGAGCUGCAGGGCCAUUGACUACUGCAGCUUUGGGAACCACAGCUGUCAGCAUGAGUGUGUUAGCACCCUUGGUGGACCACGGUGCCACUGCAGGGAGGGCCACGACUUGCAGCCCGAUGGGAGGAGCUGUCAGGUCCGGGACCUUUGCAAUGGCGUGGACCAUGGCUGUGAGUUCCAAUGUGUGAGCAAGGGCCUCUCCUUCCGCUGCCUGUGCCCUGAGGGGCGGCAACUUCAGGCAGAUGGCAAGAGCUGCAGCAGGUGCCGGGAAGGUCACGUGGACCUUGUUCUGCUGAUUGACGGCUCCAAGAGCGUGCGUCCACAAAACUUCGAGCUGGUGAAGCGCUUCGUGAACCAGAUUGUGGACUUCCUGGAUGUGUCCCCCGAGGGCACGCGUGUGGGGCUGGUGCAGUUCUCGAGCCGCGUGCGCACUGAGUUCCCUCUGGGCCGCUACGGCACCGCAGCCGAGGUGAAGCAGGCGGUCCUGGCCGUGGAGUACAUGGAGCGCGGCACCAUGACAGGGCUGGCACUGCGGCACAUGGUGGAGCACAGCUUCUCCGAGGCACAGGGUGCACGGCCCCGUGCCCUCAACGUGCCUCGCGUUGGUCUGGUCUUCACCGACGGCCGCUCCCAGGAUGACAUCUCGGUGUGGGCAGCGCGUGCCAAGGAGGAAGGCAUCGUCAUGUACGCCGUGGGCGUGGGCAAGGCGGUGGAGGCGGAGCUGCGCGAGAUCGCCUCGGAGCCAGCAGAGCUGCACGUGUCCUAUGCCCCGGACUUCGGCACCAUGACGCACCUGCUGGAGAACCUCAAAGGCAGCAUCUGCCCAGAGGAGGGCAUCAGCGCCGGGACAGAGCUUCGGAGCCCAUGUGAAUGCGAAAGCCUCGUGGAGUUCCAGGGCCGCACGCUGGGGGCGCUCGAGAACCUGACGCGGAGCCUGGCCCAGCUGACCGCGCGCCUGGAGGAUCUGGAGAACCAUCUGGCCAACCAGAAGUGAGGGCCACUCGGGCUGGGGCGCGGCCCCACGGACCGUGCCAGCUGCGCGCCAUCGGGGCGCCGGGGCCAGGCAGAACCUGGGCCAGUCGGGGUUGGGCUGUCCGGGCGGAGGCGCUGGCGGGCUUCCCGCGUUGCGCUGAGCUGGCCUCGCCGGGACCAGAAGGCGGACUGCGGGGGUCACGGGGAUAGCGGGUGGUGGGGGAAGGGGCACGUGCCAGACCGGCACGCCCUCGCCGCGUGCUGCUCUCAGUUCUUUGUUGGAUUUGUUUGUUUUCUUUUUCUUAAAAAAAAAAAUCUGAUUUCCACCGGGUCCGUUUUUGGGUCUUGCUGCACCGCCAGCUGGAGGGGAAGCCAGACGGAGCACGCUCUGCCGGCGCCCGGGCAGCGUCUCCUUGGAGAAAGGCGCAUUGUGCGGGGGUCGGGCGCUAGGGCGCCGCUUUCCCCUGCUUGUUUGUUCAGCGGAGAACAGAUAGCUCCUUAUGCAGGCUGCGGGAAGGGAGGGGGUUCAACAGGAAUCCUUGGGGUCUGAGCAAGUCUGCGCCACCCCAUUCCCCAGCGGAUUGAACACUUUGCUCUCCGGCCAGGCCUGUCCCAUGGUGCCCCCAAAUCUGGCUCAAAAGGUGCUAGGGCUGAGCGCUGGUGAGGGGUGCGGUGUGGGGGUGGCAUUGGUGGGAAACCGAGAGGCAGUAAUUGAACCCUAAAUGUUUGGAGUGGGAGUGGAUAAAUGAGCUUUGCCCGAUUUUAACUCCCUCCUGCACUAGGUGGGAAGAGGAGGAGGUAUCAGCCAGGACCCCUGUCUACCCAGCCUGGGGCCUUCCUUCUGUCACCAUCCCAGCCCCGCCGAAAACACUUCUAUCAGCAAAGAACACAAACCAGUACCAUUUUCCAGGUGCAUGCAAGAAACCACGAAGUUUAAAAUGCUUCCUAGAGUGAUUUGGGGAAAGGUAUUUUGUGUUUAUUUCCUUAUCUGCAAAGAAGAGACUGGAAUUCUUACCCCCAAGAGUGAUCAGGAGAAUCAAGGACAUUCUUCUAAGGCAUGUGACACUGUGCCUGGUACCUGUCAGGCCCUCAAUUAAUGGUAGCUGUUAACUAUUCUUAUAGUAAUAGCUAACAUAUUUAGUGUUGGGCAUUACUAUAACUGAUUUGCAGGUGAUUGCCACCACUCUUCUGCAUGCUGUUAAAUAUGUUAAGUAGCUAACAUAUUUAGUGUUGAGCAUUAUUGUAACUGAUUUUCAUUUUAUCCUUGCAACCAUCUUAUGAAAUAAGAAUUAUUGCUUUUAUCAUCCCCAUUUUACAGAUGAGGAAACUGAGGCACAGAAAGGUUAAGUUUCCAACAGUAACAUAACCAGUAAGAAACUGAACCAGGAUAUUUCCUAUGGCUGCCCUAACAAGUUACCACAAAUUGAGUGGCUAACAACACAAAUUUAUUACCUUACAGUUUUUAGGUCAGAAGUCUAAGAUGUGUUGGCGAGUCUUUAUUCCUUCCGGUGGCUUUUGUUUCCUGGCCUUUUCCAGCUUCUAGAGGCUACCUGAAUUCCUUGGGUCCUGGCCCCACAUCACUUCAACCUGUUUCUGUCAGCACAUUUCUUCCUCUGACUCUGACACUUUCAUCUCUGUCUUAUAAGGACCCGUCUGAUUAUAUUGGCAUGACCUUGAUAAUCAAAGAUAAUCAUCCCAUCUCAGGCUCUCUAUCUUAGCCACAUCUGCAAAGACCCUUUUGUAAUGUGAGGUGACAUAAUCACAGAUUCCAGGGAUUAAAACGUGGACAUCUUUGUGGGGACGGCUAUUCUGCCUACCACAUGGGGCUUGAAGCCAGGCUGACUGACUUCAGAGCAGCUGCUCUUAGGCACUCUGUGCCAGGCACCUUGCUAGGCUUGGUGAAGAGGUAGAAACUGACGAUUGAGAAAAGCUGUUGAGUUGUGGAAGCUCCAGGCUAGAAGGGCUGCGGUCAACCUGACUAUACCUGUAGCAGAAAGAGGGAACUUCAGAUAAGAGGAGGGAGAAAUUCCGGGGAGGUGAUCGUUAAACAGUGGCUGGAAUUUUCACAGGAGGCCACGGGGGACUUUACAGGUGAGUAAAGCAUGAACUAUGUGUGGUCAGGAGAGACUGGAGUAUGGGGGGUGGGAAUGAUCAUCUUAACUGGCCAUGCGGAUCAGAUGAGCUAAAGCCCUAUGGACACCACUUGGCAUGUGACCUCACCUUGCCUUACCACUCAUUUUACAUUUGUGGAAACUGAGGCCUAGAGGCCAGAGUUGCCUGCCCAAGAUCACACAGAGAGAAAGCACCAGUUCGUUUCUCCUGCAAUUUCCCUCGUGGCCACUGGAUGGCGCUGGAGAUCUGAUUUGGAGCUGGGUCGUAGCGCCUUUGCAGGCCUUUGGCAUCUGGCAUUUGGGCUGCAGAGCCUGUCCUUCUCCCUUCAUUUCCUCACUCUGCCAGCCCCACCACUGAAGCCUACAAGCUGCUUCUGUUCCCAUGCAUUAGCCCCAUGGUGCUGGAUUUGAAGACCAGCCCUGCUACGUACCAGGUGCAUGUUGGUGUUGACAGGUACUGGUUCCCUUGCUCACCUCUUGGUUCCUUUCUCUGAUUUCCCUUUCUUCCUACCCCCUCUACCCUGCUGGAUAGAAUGAAAUUCCAGUUCCCUAAUCAUGCCCAACAUAAGGGCAGCUAGCCCUUGCUUCUUUGUUUGUACCCCCAUCCUAUGUCAUGGGGUAGAAGAUUUACAAUGAACUCAUGAAUUCAGUAAAACAAACAUCCAUUAACCCAAGAACUGAAAGUGAGAACCCAAGUAACAGUGCGAGGAGAGUAACACUGCCAGGAAAGCUCAGAAGGAGAAGGCACCGAGCCGGACAAAGAACCCCGGGCCUGGGUCUCUUGGUGCCCAGGCAAGCAGGGGUUUAUAUGGCUUUCAGAGCUUGUUAAGAUGAGGAACAGAGCAUGGACGUGCUGGGGAGUCCUGAGCCCAGGUCCUGCAGAGGGAACUCAGCACCCUCCGCCCUCUUGGUUCCCUGGAGAGUUUGAAUCAUG